CAGAACUCAGAAUGAUAUUAAAUAAUGAGUGUCAAUUGGCAAAAAUUUGCCAAAAAAUUUAUAACAAAGGAUUCUACAUUUUGGAGGAACAUUCUGUUUUCAGCUGAAAGUAAAUUUAAUAUAUUUAAAUCGGAUGGUAGAAUAUUAGUUUGAAGAAAGCCAAAUACUGAACUGGAGUGUAAAAUAUGGAGGUGGUCGAGUUGUGAUGUGGAGUUCUAUGGCAGCGUCUGGAGUUGACGAAUUAAUUUUUAUAGGCUCUGUUGUUGUUUUGGCACUUUAUCUGGUAUUUGGCAUUGGACAACAACUACUAUGUAAUAUCUUUGGAUUUAUAUAUCCUGCUUAUUCUUCAAUGAAAGCUUUAGAAAGUCCAAAAAAAGAAGAUGACACAAAGUGGUUAACGUAUUGGGUUGUUUUUGCUGUAUUUACCAUUGUUGAAUAUUUCUCAGAUUUUAUUUUAUGCUGGUUUCCAGUUUACUGGCUUUGCAAGUGCCUCUUUUAUAUAUGGCUAAUGGCCCCUGUAGAAAAUAAUGGUGCCAUGGUUUUAUACCAUUGUGCUAUCAGACCAAACUUUCUACGAUACCACGAUAAAGUGGAUGCAUUUAUAUCAAAUGCACAAAAUAAUGUAAUUAAAGCUGCAUCAAACGUCCUGUUAACCAAGAAGGAUUAAUUAAUACAAUACUCGAUCUUAAUAAUGCAGAUGUUUUGUAAAAUGCCUUUAAAAAGUUUAGCUAUUUCUCUUCACUUAUUCCUAAUUAUAUAUUUAUAUGUAUGUAUAUGCUGGUACAUGUACAUUUUUUAUUAGGAAUGGAUGAGCAGAAACAGUUGAUACAUAUAUUUUUGGCUGUUUAACAAACUUGCAAAGUUAUAAAAAUGGGGAAGAUACACUUUACGGAUGUUUCUUGUGACGCCAAUCACAUCAUGCAUUGAUAAUUGUAAUAAGAACAAUGUCAGUGUUAUUUUUUUAAAAUACAUUUAUUUCUUUAAAACUAAAUAAAAUAAAAGUGAUGAAAAUUAGCGCCUCAGUCCAAGUUUGCUGGCGACAGGACUUAGUAAGGCUUACGCAGUCAGCUGUACUCUAAAUAUAAUUCAGUGAAUUCUUACACAUAAAUAUAAAGACUAAUUAAUAUUCAUAGUAUAUGAAUAAUGUCACUUAUUAUCUAAUGUCGCUUAUUAAAGUUUUUAUCACAAUAAUUUAAAUUACUGAAGACUGUCAGAGACCUUCUACAAAUUAGUUCAGACUAUAUUUUCAUAUCAAGCUGAAUGGCAGAUUUAUUAACGUGUUUGCUUCCUUUUUGAUCACUGUGUAUUUUUCAUAUACAGGGUGCCCACGCUAAAGUGUGACAGUCGCGAUAAUUCAAUAACUAUUGAUCAUACGAAAAAAUUGUAUUGUCCAUCACGGUCCAAAUUUUCCGCAUCGAGGAUGGAGCCGUUAAUAAUUUGGAUGGUUCCAUGUUUGGCUUUCCAUGUUUCUUACUUUUCGGGCCUGCCGUUCCGACCGUAGACCCUUGCUAUCGGUUUCAACAGGCGGAGUCAAACAGCGCAACAAUAGGACCGCUUUUAUGACUGCCACUCAAACCGAGACGUCUCCGCUGAAAAUCAGUAAAUUUCUAAACGUUAUAUCUUGAAAACUAAUAAAAAUCGGGUGAAUAAAUUGCAGCUUAAUGAAUUUGUCUUGUAAAGCACUAUCGCGCGAUUAAAAAAAAAAUAUAUAUUGUUCCAUUUAAAAAACAAAACUUCACCAUCAUAUUUUUAAAU